AUGAUUUUCAUCCUUUUUUUUUUCCUAAUUUUUUUGAAUUAUAUAAAAUGUGACGUUCCAGUUCAUUGUUUAAGUAGACAUGUAGAAGGUAAGUGGGAAAUUAAAUUAGGUUUAUUAAAAAAUAAAAAUUCAGAAAGCAAAAAAUUGCAAAUUUCAAAAAAAGGCAUCCUUGAAGAUAAUUUGAAUGAACCUAAUUAUGAUUAUGAAUGUGGGUAUAGGAGACCUGAUAAUUCUGAUUUCCAUGACUAUCUUAAUCCAGAAAAAAUCAAAGAAAAUUUUGAAGAAAAAAAAAAAAAAGUUAUUGUUUUCAAUAAUGAUAGAACAAUAAAUAUAAUUGAAAAUAAUCAUAUAAAUUAUAAAUAUAAUGGUUAUUGGAGAAUAAUAUACGAUGAAGCUUUAUACAUAGAAAUAUACAAAGAUAACAAAAAAAAAGAAAUAUAUUUUUCUUUUUUUAAAUUUAAAGAAAAAGGUGAUGUGUCUUAUAGCUAUUGUAAUAAUUUAAUUAUAGGUAUAGUAAAUAUUUAUUACUUGAAUUAUAAUUAUAUAAAUAAGGGAAGGAAUUUUACUUCCUUGGUGUAUAAUAGCAUAGGAAAGAAUAAAAAUAUUAAUUUUAUAAAAUAUAAUAAUAUAAAAAAAAAUCUUUUAAAAAAUAGGAAAAAUUUAAAUAGUAAGCGAAAUGAUUUAUAUGUAUUAAAUAAAAAUGUAAAUUAUUCAGAAAUAAAGUAUGUUCCAAUCAGCUAUAAAAGCUCAGACAAUUACUAUAACAUUUUUUUACAAAAAAAAAAGAAUAAAAAAAUAAUUAAAGAAAAAUAUUUUUAUGAAUUAAUUGAUUAUUAUAAUGAUAAUUUUAUAAAUUUUAAUUUUCUAACGAUGGAUAGAUAUUGUUGGUAUGGAAAAAAAUUAAGUGUAGCGUCAGACAUGCCAACAAACAAAAUUCCAUCUGACAUUGUAUCUCCUCUAGUAGUUGAUGUGAAUAUGCAUAAUAAGAAUUAUGAAAUGUUUAAAUUACUAAAAGAGGAAAAAAAAGAUAAAAAUCAAGAGAAAAAUGUAGGAAUUAUUGAAGAGGAAAGUGAAGAACUAAAUGAAGAAAAAAAAGAAGGAAAUAAUAUUUUUAGUUUGAAUUUAUUUAGUAAUAAUAUUUCUAAAAAAUUUAAAAAAAAUAGAUUACUUGAUAUUUAUGAUAAUAAAAACAUUACAUUAUCAAACUUUGAUUGGACAAAUGAAGGUGAUGUAAGAAAGAGAUUAGGUAAUUUUAUAAAAAUUGUUGAUAAUGCUAUUGAUCAGAAAAAUUGUGGUUCUUGUUACGCAAAUUCAGCUGCAUUAAUUAUUAAUAGUAGAUUAAGGAUAAAGUAUAAUUAUAUAAAAAAUAUUGAUUUUUUAUUUUUCAGUAAAGAACAAUUGUUGAUAUGUGAUUAUUUUAAUCAGGGAUGUUCAGGAGGAUAUAUAUACAUUUCUUUAAAAUAUGCUUACGAAAAUUUUUUAUAUACAGAUAAGUGUUUUAAAAGAUACAUGAAUAAAUAUAUAAAUAAGGAUGAAAAAAAUAAUUUUCUGUGUGAUCGAUUUGACACUUUUAAAAUUUUCCUGCAUAAAAGAAAUGAUGUGAAAAAAGAAGAAAAGGAUAGCACUUUUGUAAUUAAUAUGAAGAAAAAAAAAAAAAAGAAAUUCUUGGAAAAUUUAGAAAACAUAAUAAUUGAAAAUAUAAAAUUGCAUAAUAAUAGCAGUGAAAAUGAAUUGAAAAAUGAUGUAGAAAAAACUGAUAAUUUUAAUAAUGUAGAAGUAAGCAACAGUGAAAUAAAUGAAAAAAAAGAGAAUGAAAAUGACUAUGGUGAAAAUAAUGAUGAUAGUGAUUAUGAUGAAAAUGACUAUGAUGAUAGUAAUAAUAAUGAUGAUAGUGAUUAUGAUGAAAAUGACUAUGAUGAUAGUAAUAAUAAUGAUGAUAGUGAUUAUGAUGAAAAUGACAAUGAUGAUAAUAAUAACGAUGAUAGUGAUUAUGAUGAAAAUGACAAUGAUGAUAAUAAUAAUGAUGAUAGUGAUGAAAGAAGUCAAAAGUAUGAUGAAGAAUUAAAUGAAGACUAUAUAUUAAUGAAUAAAAAGAUAUACGAAAAAAAUAAAUUAGACUUUAAAUAUAUAAACAGCUGUGAUGUAAAAAUUAAAGUAAGAAAAUUUGAGUAUUUAGAUAUAGAAGAUGAAGAAAAUUUAAAAAAAUAUAUCUACUAUAAUGGUCCUAUAGCAGCAGCCAUUGAGCCAUCAAAAGAAUUUUUUAGAUAUAAAAAAGGAAUAUUAAAAGAAAACUUCAUAAAAAUGCAUGAUGGAAAUAAGUCAAAUGCAUACAUAUGGAAUAAAGUUGAUCAUGCUGUUGUUAUAGUUGGAUGGGGAGAAGAUACAGUAGAAAAUUUUAUGAAAGAAAAUUAUUUAAAUGAUUCAGAUAUGGAUGAUAUAUUUGAUAUAAAAGAAAAAGAAAAAAAUAAAAUAAUAAAAUAUUGGAAAAUUUUAAAUAGCUGGGGAACAAACUGGGGUAAUAAUGGCUAUUUUUAUAUAUUAAGAGAUCAAAAUUAUUAUAACAUAAAAUCAUACCUUUUAUUAUGUGAUGUUAACUUAUUUAUUAAAAAAUCACAUAAAAAAAAAUAA